CCUCAGUCCGGCCUGCAGCCAAUCGGGAGACAGGGCCGGCUGGACUCGGUGUUGUGUAACGGCCGGGUGGGCGGAGCUUCGGGGAGGAUAAAUGAAGGCGGGCAGGUUGAGUUGAACACAAGCACCUGUCAGUCUCUCUGGAGCUCGGUGGACUGCAGACGCUAACCGUGCAUCCUCACUUAACUGGAUUUAACAGUAACUCUAGAGAAUGGCUUUCUCUCUGCAGACCGCUCUCUUCAUCUCAGUUACACUCUGUGUGCUGCGGCAAGGGUUUGGAAAUCCACUGCCGGAUCAGCCUGAAGCAUCAAGCAGUCCACCUGCUCUCAAACGGGUCCGCACCAAACGCUGCUCCUGCAGCAGCUGGUCGGACAACGAGUGCGUCUAUUUCUGCCAUUUGGACAUCAUCUGGGUCAACACACCGAACAAGAUCGCUCCUUUCGGUCUGGGAAGCCCUCUGUCCCGUCGCCGGCGCUCCACGGGCCGCUGUGAGUGCUCCAGCCCCUCUGACCGGACCUGCUCCGGUUUCUGUCACAGCAGUUCGGAAAAUCCAGAUAUGGAGAUCGUGACCCAGCAGUCGAAUCGCAUCGACAGACCUGGCGGUUAUCUGCUGUCGUCUCUCAGGAAGGCGAUGGAAGACGGCCUCGUGAGAGCCUCACGAUCGGCUUCAACCAAGAAGAAAUCCAGGCUGAGGAAUCUGUUGAUCAGUUAGAUCCGGAGAGAGAGAGAUGAGGUGAUGGAGAGCCUGAACAAAAGAGGACCUGCCUCGUGAGAUUCACUGGACUCAGGACCGAGCCGAACCGCUGAGACCCAAAGCUCCUUCAGCUGAAGAGGACGGAGAAAUGAGCAGAACUACUGCAAACAGCGUUUCGUUGUAUCGUCCGAGAAGAUACGCAGUGUGGGAAAGAUGAAAGAAAAAACCCCGUACCGUCCGCAUGAAAGACUUACUGUAUAAACUGAAUAUUUUAUUUCCAUUACCCUUUAUUUAUUAGCUUUUCCUCUGUAUCAGAGCUGAAUUUGGUUAUUUAUUUAUUUAUGUAUUUAUUAUUCAUCCAUUCGGCGCUGAAUGGGUCCGACGCUUCCUUCGAUCAGCUGCUCACGAAAGCGUCCAAAUGUUCAAAAAAACAAAACAAAAAAAAAGCGCAGUGAGGAAUGUUUAUCAGUUUGGUUUUUUUUUUCACGUCUCUUCCUUCCCUCAAUUUUUCCUCAUUUUUUUCCCUUCAGUGAAGGCGGAAGUAUUUAUUGCAUACUUUCAGUGAAGUGUUUUUACUGUUCAGAUACCAGCAGGUUUCAAUAGCUGAAAGCUCGCCAAAAAUGCUGUUAUUGUUUUCUCAAAGUACAACCCGGCUGCUGCUGUCUGCCGGCUCGAUUCUAGAAAUACCGUAGCACUGUAUAGAGUUUCCCGUUCAUGACUACUUCAGUCAUACGUACAGAGUUGUGACUAUUGUAAUAUAUAUGCAUUUUGUUCUCGCUGUACCUUGUUCUUGUUUUCUUUUCGUGAAGAAAAGGACUAUUAGUUACUCACAGAUACUUGAAUGUUUAAACUUGAACCGCUUACGAACUGCUGUCGGUUUGUUAACUUAUUUAAUUUAUUUCAUGAAAUGUAUUUUUGUAUUAUUGCCUCCAUUAAUAAACAGCAUACCACUGAA